GAGUAGGAGUGACAACGGGGAGGCGGAUUGGCCCGGGCCCCAACAAUCGCCAUCAAAGUCGCUGGUCGCAUUGAAAUCAGCGUCCUCCCAUGUGUUGGAUAAUAUUUUUUUGAUUAAUUUACUUAUUUCAAGACUCCAUUUAUUUUAGUAAAGGCAUUUUUGGUACGAAUACGAUCCACUGCCAUUGUUUCCUUGCAAUUUUUCGAGCGAAAAGCCCUUUUCAAUCAUUGUCUUUAUUGUUAUUUUCAGCUCGACCAUAUCUUGAUAAAUCUACCUAAAGCCUCUAGAUUUCUGAAUCCUUCAAUGUUUGAGAAUGGAGAUAUCCUUGCUUGGUCGCAGAAGUUCCUGCAACUAAAACUCAUGGAUUAGAUUGUGGAUUCAGAGUUAGAAACUUUCAGAUUCGAUUUUAUUUUGUUUCUAUUUUUCUCCAGAAGCAGCGAGCAGGAUUCCUACAAUAGAUGCUGAUUUCAAGGGUUUUGAAGUCUUGGGCUCGGCAAUUCGUGGCAUGCAUGGGAGCAGUGGUUGUCUUGGAGGCUGUGUAAGACCAACACCAAUUAUUGCUGUGGAUGAGCCCUCAAAGAGAUUGAAAAUUCCGGGACAAAGUGUGAAGGGACCAGGACCUAGUUUCUCUGACGAUUUCUGGAGUACAAGUACUAAUGAGAUGGACAAUAGCACAGCACCAUCACAGAGAAGUGUGUCAUCAUUAAGUGUAUCAAACCCAAAUGCUGAUAUCCGUGGAACAAAUUCUAACUCAAAUAACACAGAGUUUGUCAACCAUGCUCUCAACUUGUGGAAUGAAAUGAGGCGACAAUGGGUAGGAGAUCGACCUCGGAAUCAGCCCAGGCAACCACGUGAACCUGUUCUAAGUUGGACUGCGACUUACGACAGUUUGCUUGGAAGCCAUAGGCCAUUCCCACAACCUGUCCCUCUGCCGGAAAUGGUUGAAUUUCUUGUAGAUGUUUGGGAACAAGAAGGAUUGUAUGAUUAAGGUCUACGCCCUGGAAACUUGAAACACAUGGAGAUAAAUAAUUAUCAUAUUUCCUGUUUAAGAAGCCAUCCCAGGUUGUAUGCUUGUUAGAUCAUUACCACUAAGGAUCUCCGCAUGCCAGACCAAUGGUAUGCAGAUUGAUCUUGUCAGCAUUAUCUCAAGCGUGAAUCUUGUUAUUGUGCCUUAAUUUUUGUGCUUUUUAACUCUUGGACAAGUGCAAACUGCAAACUAUUUAAUGGUCAUUGCUGAUAGAAUUUUCUUACGGUCAAAAGAUCUGUAAGAACCAAGUUUCUAAAGUAUGGAGGAUUAAUCAUAUGGCUAAAUUGUAAACAAGCUCAAAAGGCAACGUUGACAGAUGCUUUAAGUUUGACAAAUGUGUAUGUUGUACCCUUAAGUCCUGAAAUAUAUUCCUUUAAUUUAA